GCACACCAGAGGCCGGCUUCCUGGCAGAGCGUGGGAGCUGCUUAUUGCAGUACGGUUGUGCCCUCUGAUGAUGUGACCGUGGUUUAUCAAAAUGGGUUACCUGUGAUAUCUGUGAGGCUACCAUCUCGGCGUGAACGCUGCCAAUUCACACUCAAACCUAUUUCUGACUCUGUUGGUGUGUUUUUACGGCAACUGCAAGAGGAGGACCGGGGAAUCGACAGAGUUGCAAUCUACUCACCAGAUGGCGUUCGAGUGGCUGCCUCCACAGGAAUAGACCUCCUCCUCCUCGAUGACUUUAAGCUCGUCAUUAACGACUUAACAUACCAUGUACGGCCACCAAAGAGAGGUAAAAGCAGCCUUGACCUUCUAAGCCAUGAAAAUGCAGCAACCCUGAAUGAUGUGAAGACGCUGGUCCAGCAGCUCUACACCACGCUGUGCAUCGAGCAGCAUCAGCUCAACAAGGAGCGGGAGCUCGUGGAGAGGUUAGAGAACCUCAAGCAGCAGCUGGCCCCCCUGGAGAAGGUACGAAUUGAAAUCAGCAGGAAAGCUGAGAAGAGGACGACUCUGGUGCUAUGGGGUGGCCUUGCCUACAUGGCCACACAGUUUGGCAUUUUGGCCCGGCUUACCUGGUGGGAAUAUUCCUGGGACAUCAUGGAGCCGGUCACCUAUUUCAUCACAUAUGGAAGUGCCAUGGCCAUGUAUGCAUAUUUUGUGAUGACACGCCAGGAAUAUGUUUAUCCAGAAGCCAGAGACAGACAAUACUUAUUAUUUUUCCAUAAAGGAGCCAAAAAGUCUCGUUUCGAUCUAGAGAAAUACAAUCAACUCAAGGAUGCAAUUGCUCAGGCAGAAAUGGACCUUAAGAGACUGAGAGACCCGCUGCAAAUACAUCUGCCCCUCAGACAGAUCGGAGAAAAGGACUGAUCUGCGAAGAUCGUGAAUCCCAGCAGAGAAAGCACCUGUUUUAACUCAUGCCUUUUUAAUCAAAGCAUUGCAGGUGGAAGCGGGGGCCACAUGGGGGAGAGGGUUUUUACCUUUAAUUCUAAAACAAAACACGAAAAGGAUCUUAGGGAAGAAAGGGAUGUUAAAUUCUGAGGAUCAGGCAUCAUGGAAUACAAGUGCAAAGGGCUUUGUGAAUCUUGUCUUAAGCAUCUCCGUUUCCAAAUGAGAAUGACGCAGUUACAGCUGAGAGAACGAAGCAAGGUUGUUGCUGGGGUGUUUGUCUCUUGCAUCUUUGCAAGUUCUGCAAAACACUAACACACCAGCACCCCACUAAGAUGCAGUUUUCUUUUUUGCUUUUUUUUAUUUAAAGUUUCUUUUUUUUGACAUAGGAAUAAAUAACUAUAUAAGAAAGCAAAUCCUUAUGAAUUGUGGUUGGCAGAGUCUGAGCCAGUAAGGUUAGCCUUCAUCUUAAGCUGGACCCAGUCUCUGUGAAGUUACCAGGAAUCUCUCCAUCCUGAGUCCCUCUUCUGACCAGCUACCUACUUAUGUAAACCUGCUGGUUACACUACUUUUAUCCAAAUAAUCAUUGGAAUCAACUUAUGACUGUUUGAUGAUUGACAGUUGGAUUAUCUCUUCAUGAGUUCUCAUGUCUAUCUCCCAGGACUCUGAAUUGCUCGCUGUUUAGAAAUCACUGGCAACUGCAUGAGGUUUUAAUUGUCUUUUGUUUUAUUUUUUUUUUUACUAAUUAGUCUUCAGAGAAGGAAAAGAUUCCCUUCUUUAUAUACUGAUCCCAUUGAUAACCCCCACUUCUCCCAUAUCACAGGUCAGAGGGCCAGUGUUCAUCUGUGUUACCAAAUGAGGAGGGUGUAAGGUUUACAAAUCAGCUAAAAAUCAUGACUCCACAGCUGAUUCAGAACCGAGAUAACCUUGGUUAGUCUAAGACACACACUUCCUCACCAUUGUGAGCCCUCCCGACUCUAUCACUACAGUGGCUGUAACUCAAGGGCGGAUCUCAAAGGGUGCAGUUAUCUUUAUACAUGAAUACCUUUCUAUGGCUUCCUUUAGCCUACCUUCUCCACCCUGUUUUUUUUUUUUUAAUAUUAAAUUGAGAGACAGAAGAAUUAAUCUUAUACUCUUAUCAGAAUGUUUUCUACUAUAUUUCCAGAUGGCACCUGCACUCGAAAAGCCUAAGAAAUCUCUAUCUACUGUCAUGUUUUUAACUGUUUCAGGGGCAGGACGGCAAGAAUGAUGGGGGUGUGCCAAGCAGCUGAUUGGUUUUUGGCUUUUUCUUUUCCCUUCAUGUGAUUCAUCCCUCCUUGUGGGGCAAGGGAUUCCCUUUUCCUCCUCCUUUUGGGAUCGUUGCGUAUGAAAGAAAACCUUCAAAUGACAAACCCAGACUCCAGGUGUCUUGCAGAGGUUGAAGGCCAACCUGGACUGCUGCUUCUGACAGCACCCUUCACUGGCAUGACAGAGAGAGGAUGCAUGUCUCAGUCCCCAGCCUCCUACUUCCUUCCUGUUGUUCACCCUCUUCCUCGUCUCUUUUUGUUGUGUGGGUUAUUUUUAAACCAUUCAUCCUGUCUGUGUGCAGGGUUCUUAAGAAGGAGAGGCACAGUGCAAUGAGUGAUUCCUCUGGGCGGUGUGGGAGGCAGGGGGGGUGUGAGCAAAAUGUUGAACACAUGUACAAUCCUGUAUCAUUUAUGAAAUAUGUAUAAAAAGCAAUGUACCUUCUGGAACAAUAAAUACUUAUUCGAUUUUUGAA